GUUGCGCGCUGCUGACAAUUUGCAUUCACCUCCCCCAUAAACUCUGACUUCCUUCAAAUGAUUAGGUAUGAUGGCUACAGUUGACCUUGAGCCUGGUGAUACCCUGGUCUCCGUUCCCAAGAAUAUCCUGAUAACAGCUUCAGAAGUGGCGAAGCGACUCAAUGUGGGACAUCAGCUAGACUCUAACCAGCUGCUGGUGCUUGAGAUAUGCCGUUUGAAGCAGCAAGGCGCAAAAAGCUCAUGGUGGCCCUACGUCCGUCUAUUACCUCAAGACUUCAACACUAUGCCCGUCACUUAUCCUGAAGAUGUUUUGAAAUCAGCUUUGCCUCCACAUCUGACUGCGGAGAUACAAGAGCAAAAAGCCAAGAUCGACGCCGACUAUCGACAUGUAGUACAGUAUUCAAAGAAUACUUCUCUUGGUGUUGAGGAUAUAGAUUACAAAGAAUUCGAAUGGGCAUGGCUAUGUGUGAAUACACGAUGCAUCCAUUUAGGGAUGGAGGAUAGAUCGAUUGUGGGUGGGAACAUUGCCCUAGCGCCAAUGCUGGACUUUUUGAACCACAAGAGUGACGCACAGUUUGAAUGUGGUUACAAUCGCAAAACCCAAUCGUUCGAUAUUCGGACGCUUAUGCCUUACCGCCGUGGCCAGCAGGUAUUCUUUCAGUAUGGCGCCCAUGAUAAUGCGUUUCUCCUAAAGGAGUACGGCUUUGUUGUGGCGAACAACCCGUACAGCGCAAUCAAUCUAGACGAUCAAAUGUCAAAAUUGUUUGCAAGGCUACGAGUGAGCGGAAAAUUCGGCGCUAUGAAACUCAAGAUGUUGGAAGAGAAUGGUGAUUACACCAUUCGGAGGAACGACAUCUCGUUCCGAACACUGACAGCACUUCGGUUGAUAAUGGCUACCGAUAAAGUACAGUGUUCGGCUUGGCAGCGUUGUCUUUUGGGAAGUCAAGAUAUAAUUAGCGAGGAGAUCGAGCAGCAAGUUGGCCUGCUUUUGGGAGAUAUGUGCGCCAACACUGUAAGGCGGUCAGAGCGGGCUUUGGAAUACCUGCAGAAUUUAAAGCUACAAGAAUCUUCGGAAUUGAUGGUCGAUUCUUUCGCUGCCCUGUUUCUUGAAACUCUGUGGAAAGAAUACAUAAGUAUUGGCCAGGCUGCACAAAUAGAAUUGAUACCCGGUUUGCUUACAUCCAGCAACUCAUGAUAGACAUGGACUAUAUGUCAUGAUAAUAAAUAAGAAGAACAAAAAAUAAAUAACAAAGUUUCCAAAUGAGAUCUCCCAAGCGAAGUAAUCAGAAUAUGGAGGCGUUAGGAUCGAUCGCGGCUUCAUGUUGGACGUCAUACAGAGUUUGGAACACACAACGCAUGGUGUAGUACACGGACUCAGCGGAACUGUCGGAAUGGACGGCGUAUGCGAUGAAAAAUACUUAGUGUGUAUCACAUAUCUGGGUCCUAGCCAAGUACAUUAACUGGAUGGUGGUGUUGGAGACAGUUUGCUGCCAAUCAACAAAUUUUGCGCAGAGCUAUUUUG